AUGCCGGGCCGGGGCCGAGGGGAGCCAGGCUGUGUCCAUAUUGAUCGGAGAUGGAGCGAGGCAGACAAUGCGGGUGGGGGUCGCGGUGUGUGGGGGGAGAACGAUGGGAGCGAGGAUGAAGGCGCCGUACGCCAGGGGCGCUACACGCGCGCAAACCUUACCUAUGUACGUACUCUCGGCUUGCGUGAAGUAGUUGUGGCUGGAAAUUGGGAGUGUGAAAUCGCCUGCUUUACAAACCAGCAGCUUGGCUUGGCUAGCAAAAGAUUAAGAGAAGUUUCAGAGAAGCUGAACAAAUAUAAUUUAAACAGCCACCCCCCUUUGAAUGUAUUGGAACAAGCCACUAUUAAACAGUGUGUGGUGGGACCAAAUCAUGCUGCAUUUCUUCUUGAGGAUGGUAGAGUCUGCAGGAUUGGUUUUUCAGUUCAACCAGACAGAUUGGAAUUGGGUAAACCUGAUAACAAUGACGGUUCAAAGUUGAGCAGUGGCUCAGGGGCAGGAAGGACAUCCAGGCCAGGCAGGACUAGUGACUCCCCAUGGUUUCUGUCUGGUUCUGAAACUCUGGGCAGACUGGCAGGCAACACCCUUGGAAGUCGCUGGAGUUCAGGGGUUGGUGGAAGUGGAGGAGGAUCUUCUGGUAGAUCAUCUGCUGGAGCUCGAGAUUCUCGAAGGCAGACCAGAGUUAUACGCACAGGACGUGAUAGAGGAUCUGGACUGCUGGGGAGUCAACCGCAACCUGUGAUUCCAGCAUCAGUCAUUCCAGAGGAACUCAUUUCACAGGCGCAAGUGGUUUUACAAGGAAAAUCCAGAAGUAUUAUUAUUCGGGAGCUCCAGCGAACAAAUCUGGAUGUAAACCUUGCUGUAAAUAAUUUGUUGAGUCGUGAUGAUGAAGAUGGAGAUGAUGGGGAUGACACAGCAAGUGAAUCAUAUCUUCCUGGAGAGGAUCUUAUGUCUCUUCUGGAUGCUGACAUACAUUCUGCUCACCCAAGUGUCAUUAUUGAUGCUGAUGCUAUGUUUUCAGAAGAUAUUAGUUACUUUGGUUAUCCAUCCUUUCGGCGCUCAUCACUUUCCAGGCUAGGCUCAUCCAGAGUUCUCCUUCUUCCCUUAGAGAGAGACUCUGAGCUGUUGCGUGAACGUGAGUCCGUUUUACGUUUGCGUGAACGAAGGUGGCUUGAUGGAGCCUCAUUUGAUAAUGAAAGAGGCUCUACAAGUAAGGAAGGGGAAACAAACCUGGACAAGAAGAAUACACCUGUUCAAAGUCCUGUUUCUUUGGGAGAAGACUUGCAGUGGUGGCCAGAUAAGGAUGGAACAAAGUUUAUUUCUAUCGGAGCUCUGUAUUCUGAGCUUGUGGCUGUUAGCAGUAAAGGAGAACUUUAUCAAUGGAAGUGGAGUGAAUCAGAGCCUUACAGAAAUGCACAGAAUCCUUCACUACAUCAUCCACGAGCCAUGUUCUUGGGAUUAACCAAUGAAAAGAUAGUGCUCCUUUCUGCAAAUAGUAUUAGAGCAACUGUUGCCACUGAAAAUAACAAGGUUGCUACAUGGGUAGAUGAAACUUUAAGCUCUGUAGCUUCCAAAUUAGAACACACGGCACAGACAUACUCGGAGCUUCAGGGAGAACGGAUUGUUUCUUUACAUUGUUGUGCUCUUUAUACGUGUGCCCAACUAGAGAACAACUUGUAUUGGUGGGGUGUAGUUCCUUUCAGCCAAAGGAAGAAAAUGCUAGAAAAGGCCAGAGCGAAAAAUAAGAAGCCUAAGUCUAGUGCUGGUAUCUCCUCUAUGCCAAACAUAACCGUUGGAACACAGGUGUGUUUAAGGAAUAACCCCCUCUAUCAUGCUGGAGCAGUUGCUUUUUCAAUCAGUGCUGGAAUUCCUAAAGUGGGUGUGUUAAUGGAAUCUGUUUGGAACAUGAAUGAUAGCUGUCGAUUUCAGCUUCGAUCACCUGAGAGCUUGAAAAACAUGGAGAAGGCUAGCAAAACUACAGAGGCAAAACCUGAAAGCAAACAGGAACCAGUGAAAACUGAGAUGGGUCCUCCACCAUCCCCAGCUUCCACUUGUAGUGAUGCAUCUUCAAUAGCAAGCAGUGCGUCAAUGCCAUAUAGUUUGUCCAUUGAUAAUCUUUUUGGGGUGAAAAAGCGACGACGAUCUACUCCUGCCCCAAAAGAAGAGGAGAAAGUGAAUGAAGAGCAGUGGUCUCUGAGGGAAGUUGUGUUUGUGGAAGACGUUAAGAAUGUUCCUGUUGGCAAG